AUGUCAUCUUUUAAAAAUUUAAAAGAACAAUUAGAAAAAAAAAGAAAAGAAGCUCAAUUAAAUAGCAAUAGUAAUACAGAAAAUAAUGAUCAACCAAAUAAAAAAUAUAAAACUAGAGGCGAAAUUGAAAAAGAAUUAAAACAAAAAAAAGAAAAUGAAAAGAUUUUAAAAGAAAAAGAAAAAAACAAAAAUAAUAUUGAUACAGCAACAGUAACAAAUAACAAUGAAAUAAAUAAUGAAAAUGAUAUUGAUACAGAAACAUUUUUACCAGAAAAAGUUGUAAUACAAAGAUUAAGAGAAAGAGGUCAACCUAUAACUUAUUUCGGUGAAACACCAAAAGAUAGAGCAUCAAGAUUAAAGAAACUAGAGGAGAAUGAUCCAAUUGAAUAUACUCAAGGUGAUAACGAGUUUGCUAAUAUUUUAAAACAAAUUGAACAACAAAAGUUUAAAAAAUACUCAAAGAAUAAUGAAAACGAUAAUUUAAUCAAUAAUAGUGAAAGUGAUCAAGCGACAAUAUAUGAUAAACUAAAUAACAAUAACAAAAAAGAUAAAGAAGAUGAAAAUGAAGAAACCGAAGAGCAGUUGUUGGAAGAAUCAAAAAAAUCUAAAGAAGGUAGCAUUUUAUACUUUUUAAAGAAACUUUUAAAUGAAUGGGAUAGUUUACUCGAAAAUAGAUCCGAUGAAGAAAAGAAAUCAAGACAAGGUAAAAUUGCCGAGGCAACAUACAUUCAAUGUAAAGGUCAUAUUCAACCAUUAUUCACCCAUUUAAGAAAUAAAACUCUACCUGAUGACAUAUUGGAAUAUCUUCAUCAAAUUACUGAAUACUGCAAAAAAAGAGAAUAUGUAAAAGCAAAUGAUGAAUAUUUACAAAUGGCUAUCGGAAAUGCCCCUUGGCCCAUGGGUGUAACUAUGGUUGGUAUUCACGAACGUUCAAGUAGAGAAAAAAUUUUUUCAAAUCAAGUUGCCCAUGUACUUAAUGAUGAAGGUCAAAGAAAAUAUAUUCAAGGUGUUAAAAGAUUAAUGACUUUUUGUCAACAACAAUAUCCAACUGAUCCUUCAAAAUGUGUUGGUUAA